AUUGAUUUCACGCCUGCGCGACUCACAGUCGAGCACACUGCGUACGUUCUCCAACGGAAAAAUGGCGUCAGUCACGAAUUAUAGCAGCUACAACCAGGCUGGUGCACAGCAGUCGUAUGGCACAGCAUACACCACCCCUCCUCCUCAGGGCUAUGCACAGACUGCACAGGGUUAUUCUCAGCAAGAUUAUGCCUCGUAUGCUCAACCCGCUGCUGCAACUGAUUCCACUUACAGUCAGGCAGCGCCCUCUGCUGGAGCGUAUGCACAACAGCAGUAUGCAUCCUCAUAUGCACAAGCAGCAACAACUGCAGCAGCAGCAGCCGCGGCGCCAGCUGCGUAUGGAACUGCACAGCCAGGAGCUUAUAGUCAGCCUGCACAGAAUUACGGGGCCAGCAGCUACAGCACCUCCACUGCGGCCCCUGCUGCCCAGGCCUCCUAUGGCUCCCAGCCCGGAUACUCCACCCAGGCGGCCUAUUCUGGCUACAGCCAGCAGCCUGCUGCCUCUGCUCCUCAGAGCUAUAGUGCAAGUGGCCAGCCGGCCUACAACCAAGGUGCCUAUUCCCAGCCUGGAGCUUAUUCUCAGUCUCAGGGUGGGUACCAGGCUCAGCAGCCGGGCUAUGGGCAACAGCAGCAGAGCAGCUAUGGCCAGGGACAGCCACCUCAGCAGCACCAGCAAGGCCCAACUGCUGCCUACCCUCCUCAGGGGAACAGUUCUUAUGGUCAACCACCAUACGGCCAGCAGAGUGCAUCACAAAAUGAAUACAACCAGCAAAGUGCUUAUAACAGUUACAGUCAGGGUGGUGUGAGCGGAGGCUACCCAGGGUCACAGCAGCGGGGUGGAUACCCAGGAGAUUCUGGCAGAGGUGGUUAUGAUCGUGGAGGUCCUCGUGGGCGUGGGGGUAUGGGCCGCGGAGGCAUGGGCAUCGCUGGAGACAGAGGGGGCUUCAAUAAGCCUGGUGAAGGCAUGAGGGGUGGAAUGGAUCGUGACAUGGGACGUCCAGGAGAGCAGGACUCUGAGAACAGCACCAUCUACAUCACAGGCCUCACUGAGAAUGCAACUCUACCAGAGAUGGCAGACUUCUUCAAACACUGUGGAGCCAUACGGAUAAAUCGGCGUUUGAACCAACCAGCCAUAAACAUCUAUACCGAUAAAGAUUCUGGCAAACCAAAGGGAGAUGCCACACUGUCCUAUGAGGAGCCUGCCAUUGCCAAAGCCGCUGUCGAAUACUUUGAUGGUAAAGAAUUCCAAGGCCGGAGGAUCAAGGUGGCUAUGGCUCGCAGGAAACCUAUGAUGGGAGGUAUGAGAGGAGGAAUGCCAAUGAGAGGUGGCCCUGGGAUGGACCGUGGAGGUAUGUUGCAUCCUCAAACCAGCGGGAAUCCUUCAAGUAGAGGGUCUUUCUGUAUUGUAAUAGGGGUUUUGUUUUAUAUGCCACCAGGAAUGGGAAGAGGAGGAGAGAGAGGUGGUUUCCCCCCCCGUGGAGGCCCUCGAGGUGGAAUGGGUUGGAAUGGGCCUCCUGGAGGCAACACACAGAAGAGAGCUGGAGACUGGGAGUGUCCCAGUCCUGGAUGUGGAAAUCAGAACUUCUCCUGGAGAACGGAGUGUAACCAAUGUAAAGCUCCAAAACCUGAAGGCCUUGGAGGUCCGUCCUUCCCUCCUGGAGGUGGUGAUCGUGGCAGGGGUGGAAUGAGGGGCGGCAGGGGAAUGGAUCGUGGUGGUCCGGGGGGCAUGCGUGGAGGCUGGGGAGGGGAUCGCGGUGGCUUUAGAGGAGGCCGUGGUGGUAUGGACCGGGGUGGAUUCAGAGGAGGUAGGGGUGGUCCUCCUAUGGACAGAGGGGGCAGGAGAGGCAUGGGACCCCCAGGCAAGAUGGAUAUGAGGGAUCAUCGUCAGGAGCGCAGAGACAGACCCUACUGAGAUGGUGCAUCAAGCAAAAGGAAAUUUACAGAGAAAUUUUAAAGUCAUUUUUAUUUAUGAUUCCAUAUUUAUACAUGGAGAUCUUUUUUUUUUUUUUUUUUUUGCUUUGUUUUUAAUUUCAGUAACACUUUGUGGUUUUAGUUGAACCUUUAGGUUUUUUUUUUUUUGUAUGCAGUAAUGGUCUUUUUUUCCUUUUAAGAUACUCUGCCCUGUAGUCAGCGUUUUUGGGGAUGUCCGUCUUGUGUCUCUCUAUGUAACUGUACUUUUGAACUUUUUUUAAAAAAAAGAAUAAACUUUUCCACCUCCA